AUGCGUCGACUAGCUCUAUCAGCUCUGACUCUGCUCUUUAGCCAGAUACUACUUCCUGUCACUGCAGUCGUAGACCAGAACUACGAGCAGGUCCCCUUCAUCGACCCCACCGCAGCCUCCGACGAUGUCAUCCAUGCCGUCAACAACCCAGACAUCGCGACCAUUCCCUCGUGGUUCACCUCAACCUUGAUGGCCCGUCGGCUUCUGGCUCUGUCCACCACCGGCGUCGCCUCUACCGUCUUCCCAGAUCCCCUCCCCAGCACCUCGCAUGCGCCCGCCGAGGUUGCCGGCCAGCCCAUCAGCUUAACGGAAUACGUGGCCGACUGUGAUGAAGCCCUUCCAACCGGCAACGGUGGUGAUGGAAACCCAACCUUCCUCGCGCUGCGUGUUGCGACGACCUUCCGCAACACCGCAGCCGGCUCCAACAUCAGCCUCUCUCUCGACUGGUGGGACCACGUGAACGAGACCAAACCCCUCUUUCCCGGAUUUCCCCGCUCGCCAGCUGGACUCCCCCGUGUAACACUGUUUGGGUACAUUGAGCCGUUCGAGACCCCCUUGCCUAAGGAUACCGAGACAGCCCUGCGUGAGUGCUACCUCCAGGCCCACCCCGACGCCGCUGUCUGGCUACCCGGGAAACCCUAUUCCCCGCACGCCAGCUUCUGGGCGCGUCUGGCCGUGACGCAGGUGUACUGGAUCGGUGGCUUUGGGGGGUUCCAGCAGAUUGGCUGGAUGAACGUCACCGAGUGGGCGGGGAUCCGCCGCACCCGUAGUCUGCCAGGCAUCGGGGAUGGACGGGGCUGGGAGGAUGUGCGGCUUCCUGGAGAGAACUUGUCUGGACUUUACAGCCCACACCAGCCUACCUCUCUAGCAAUGCGCUUCCGUCCCAGUCUUCGAGUCUCCCAGUCCAAAUCGGCCUUUGCGGAGGGCAAUGCCCGCUGGACGAACCGUGAUCUCGAUCCGAUUCCGCUCCAUCAACGACAUUGGGGGCCUCUCAGUUUCGUCUCGUACUGGAUUUCCGAUGCCUUCAACGCCGCGACCUGGCAGUUCGCCAGCAGUAUCAUCGCCGUGGGCCUGAGCUGGCGCGAGUCGCUCGCCAUUGUCGCCGUCUCCUUCUUCAUCAUCUCGUUCGUCAUCGCCGCCAACGGCGCCGUCGGCUCCAUCUACCACAUCCCGUUCCCUGUCAUCGCGCGCGCCAGCUGGGGCUUCUGGGGCUCGUACAUCGCCAUCGUGUCGCGCGUCAUCCUGGCCGUCUUUUGGUUCGCCAUCCAAAACGUCAACGGCGGCAACGCUGUCGGCGCCAUGAUCGGCGCCAUCUGGCCCAGCUUCCUCACCCUCGAGAACCACAUCCCCGAGAACCAGGGCAUCACCACGCGCGGCAUGGUCGGCUACGUCAUCUUCUUCGUCCUGCAGUUCCCCUUCCUCUGCGUGCACCCGGACAAGGCCCGCUGGCUGUUCCUCGUCAAGUCCGUCCUCGUGCCCAUCGCCUGGAUCGCCAUCCUCAUCUGGGCCUUUGUCGCCGAGGGCGGCGGCGCCAUGUUCGACCAGCGCCCGUCCGUCUCCGGCUCCGCCUACAGCUGGCUCUUCCUGGCCAACAUGACCUCCGUGCUGGGCAACUACGCCACGCUGAGCGUCAACCAGUCCGACUUCUCGCGCUACUCGCGCGUCUCCCCCCGCUGGCAGCUGCUCUACAUCCCCAUGCUGCCCGUCGUCUUCACCUUCAUCUCCUUCAUCGGCAUCGCCGCCUCCUCCGCCGGCCAGGCCCGCUACCACACCGCCGCCAUCCCCUGGGACCCCAUCGAGCUCAUCAGCCACUGGUCCAGCCGCGCCGCCCGCUUCUUCGCCGCCUUCUCCUUCGCCCUCGCCUCGCUCGGCGUCAACAUCUCCGCCAACUCCAUCUCCGCCGCAAACGACCUCAUGGCCCUGUUCCCGGCCUACGUCAACCUCCGCCGCGGCCAGAUCCUCUGCGGGCUGCUGUCGUGGGCUCUCGUGCCGUGGAAGAUCCUCGCCUCCGCGGGCAACUUUCUCAACUUCAUGUCCGCGUACGCCAUCUUCCUCGGCCCGAUUGCCGCCAUCAUGCUGUGGGAUUUCUGGCUCGUUCACCGCCGCCGCUACGAUACCCUCGCCCUGUACCAGCCCGCCGCACCGACGUAUCGCUACGGCUCCGACUGGCUGGUCAACUGGCGCGCCGUGGUCGCGUUCCUGGUCGGCGUCGUGCCGAACUUGCCGGGCUUGAUCAACUCGGUGAAUUCGUCGAUCGAUGUUGGGGUCGGUAUCCACCCGUACCAGUUUGGGUGGCUGCUCGGGUUUGCGGGCACGAGUGUGGUGUACGUUGCGCUGUGUCUGGCGUUUCCGGACAGCGCGAGCCAGGUGGCCAGAGCCGUGCUGGCGGAUGAGGUAUACGCCAGCACGGAGGUGUACGAGGGCGUUGCUCCGGAGGUAUCGACCCCGGUCGUGUACGAGGGGAAGGCGAUCGCCUGA